AUGGGACUAACGAAGAGUUUUAGUGAGAAACCGGAAUGCAAGAAAGUCGAAGAUCAAGGCAGUCGUAUCCCGAAAUUCACUUUCACGCAUGAGCACCAAACCCCAGAUAUCAGAAAUCCAUUUCAAGACCUCGAUAUCUACAACCACAAUAACUCACCACACCUCUUUCACUGGCACACCAACCCGCAAACCCUCACCCCCCUCCGCCCUCCUCAACCAAAAUUCUACACUCUCCCACCACCCCUCCCAACCUACCCCCUCAUCAAGUCCUACACCUCGCACCCCAACCCCCCUCCCCACCCCCCAACCCUCACCCCCUUCCAAAUCAAAAAACUCCUCUUCAUCCACCUCUCCAAUCCCUUAAUCCGCGCCGCCUGUCUCGAGCGCGAGAACGCGUGGAUCUACCGACAUGUGAACCUGAACGAGGGAUGGAAUCGCGCGAUGGUGUAUUGUAAUCUGCAGUAUUCGCUCGCGAGGGAGUAUGAGCGGGUUUAUUUAGUUGGGGCGGAGAUGGAGAAGGCGGUUUUGUAUAGGUGUGCGAAGGGGUGGGGUAGGGAGAGGGUUAGGAGGGAGGAGUGGUGGAAAGUAGUGGAGGGCUUCCAGUAUUUUAGUUUUCAGCGGCAAGAGUUGCCCUGGGUUUUCAAGGACGAAGAUAUGAAAGGCAUUGAUUUUGGAAUGAUAUUCGUAGGCGCAGGAUAUGGUCGUACCCAUCCAUGGCGAGCCCCAGGCCAGUGGUGGGCAGCUCGAAAACACGUCUUCGCCCAAUACCGCGGGAAGCAUUUCCUAGACGAGAUCCAGAAAGAAUUUCGAGCUAUCGACGAACGAGUGGCAGAAUGGCAGAAGAGUCAUGUCUGUGAAGACGGAAAUGGUUCAAACAAGUUGAAGAGGAAGGUCUAUUCGUCGUUUGGACUGAACAAGACUAUCAGGUCGCGAUUCCAGGCUCCGAAGAAGAGGGUGAGAAAUGGGAGGAAUGUGCAGACAUGUAUGAGUGAGGAGUGGAGGAAGCGUCGACGGGAACAGGAGACUAGAGCUGGGCGUUGGACUGAUGGGACAGUUGGUAUGAAUCGGAUGUGGGAUGCUUUUCAUUGGGUUUUGCCUGCUCCCGAUGAGAAGUGGAAUCGACCGUGGCGUCGGAGUCAUUCAAGGUGCCAGUGGUCAUGA